GAUGCUCCAAUUCCAAACUCACAGGAGCUCUGUAAAUUUACAUUGCAGACGAAAAGAGCAGCAAGCAAAGGCCGAAGGUAACUUCCAUUGCUUUGAAGAUUUAUAGUUACUCUGUUUAUAGUUUCCAUUAAUGCUAUGCUGCUCUCAAGUUCUUUCACUCCCAUAAGCUUCCCUUCACCAAAAUUUACUCUUUACCAAAAUCGCAGCCCAAAACGAAUCUUGAAAAUGGCACAAUCUGCACACAACCCAGUGGGUCGGCAACAGAAAAUCAUUGUACCCAACAAACAUGGUGAAAAACUCGUGGGCCUAUUACAUGAAACCGGUUCUGAGGAGAUUGUAAUCUUAUGUCAUGGUUUUCGAUCCACCAAGGAAACCACUGCCAUUACAAACCUUGCCAUUGCAUUGGAAAAUGAAGGAAUUAGUGCCUUCCGUUUUGACUUUGCUGGAAAUGGGGAGAGUGAAGGCACCUUUCAGUAUGGUAACUAUUGGAGAGAGGCUGAUGACUUGCAUGCUGUGAUCCAACACUUCUCUGGGGCAAACCGUGCAGCAAGUACAAUUCUUGGGCACAGUAAAGGUGGUGAUGUGGUGCUCCUGUAUCCUUCUAAGUAUCAUGGCAUUCGCACGGUUGUCAAUGUUUCUGGACGUUAUGAUCUCCAGAGAGGUAUUGAAGAACGCUUAGGGAAAGCCUUUCUGGAAACAAUCAAGAAGGAAGGAUAUCUUGAUGUCAAGAAUAAGACAGGAGAUGUUAGUUAUCGUGUGACUGAGGAAAGUUUGAUGGAUCGCCUGAGUACUGAUAUGCAUGAAGCAUGCCUUCAGAUUGACAAAGAAUGCCAGGUCUUGACAGUCCAUGGUUCUGCUGAUGAGACCAUCCCUGUUGAAGAUGCAUUAGAGUUUUCGAAGAUAAUACCAAACCACAAAUUACAUGUUAUAGAAGGGGCUGAUCAUUGUUACACCUCACAUCAGGCUGAGUUAGUAUCAGUUGUUUUGGACUUCAUAAAGGCAGCUCUGCAGCAGGACAAGGCUACUUCCAACUGAGUUGUUUCCUGGCAUUUACUCAAAUAUGAUGCAUUUGUCGUACAAACCACUUUAAUGACGACGAUUUAUACAAGAACAUGAUUGAAUGUAACGAGUAUGAUGUUGUCACGAAGUCAACUCCUGAAAUAAGGUGGCUAAGGAAGGUGUGGAAAUGUCUUAUCUCCUUGUAAUAUCAAUAUGAUUAAACCAGACUUUAUGUGCAAAUGUAUUGUUGGAUGGAAGCCUAUUAUCAAGCAGAAUA